CCAGGACGUCGGCUCCCCAGGCGCUGGAUCUGGAUAUGUCCCCGCCUCGCAGGGGAGGCCUCGCGCGCGAGCGCGAGCGCGCGCGCGCGCCUGAGCGCCAUGGCGGCCAUGGCCGCCGCGGGCGGCCUGCAGGGCCUGGCCGCGCUGGCGGAGUUUGUGGCCGGCCUGCCAGCGGAGGACCUCGACGCCCUGUACGCGGACGACCGCUUUGCGGGCUUCGUCCUCCAGAGGCUGCUCCCGCCGCUGGCGCAGCAGGUGGCGCUGCGGCUGCUCUUCGGGGGGCGGAAGCCGCUCGAGGAGGCUGCUCUCCGCAAAUGGGCCGCGCCGAGCGCGCGCGGGGAGAUGGCCGAGGCGCUGGCGGCGCUGCGGCGCCUGCGCGUCCUGGUGCCCGCGGAGGGCCGGGCCGCGCAGAUUCUGCGAGCUCCAGGGUCACUCGAGACCCCGCCGGCCGACGCACUGGACAACGCCCGCCCCGCUGGCGGCAGCGUGGCGCUGCGGCCACACUGCGCGCCCACGCGUUUUCCCGCGCUUUGCGCCGACGGCGAGGGCUCCGCGAGUGGGAGGGCCCCCGCGCACAUGCGGUUUCGCACCUCGGCACGCUUCCGGGCGCAACCGGGCGCGGAGUGCGCGGGCUGGCAGGUUCGCGCGCCAGCGCUCUGGAUUUUCGCAGACAGGCGCGGGAAGCGACGCCGGCAGACCCGCGCGCCGGAAAGCCACCUGCGCGCGCAAUGUCGCAACCAGGCGCGGCCGCCUGCGCCCUGCGCGGCUGGCGCGCGUGCCGCAGCGGCGCGGGUCAUUCGGCAGUGCGCCCCGCCCUGCGUUUCCUCGUUGCCGUGCCUGCGCUUCCUGCGAGCAGGGCGGCCGCCCGCGCCCCCGGCGUCGCCUGCGGCGCGCCCGCAGGUCUGUGCUCCCGCAGGCCACCUGCGCGCCCAUCUCGGGCUGCGCGCGCAGAGCGGCGAGGCUGCAAUUUCGCGCCAGAAGAAGCUUGCGCAUCCAAGGCGGCCCGCGCGCAGCAGGGGCUACGGUCGCCGGCUCGCGCGCCAGCGCCAUGUAGGCCACAUGUCCCCAGGGUGGUCCCCGCGCGCCUUCAUCGCUGCGGCCGCAGGCUCGCGCGUCGGGGGGCCGCGCGCCUGGCGCGGCCCACGCGCGGAGAGCGCCAGGGCGCGCCUGCGCCGCGGGGCGCAGGAAACGUCAGGGUCGCAGGUUUGCGCGCCGGUAGCGCCUGGGUCGCAGAUCUGCGCCAGCGCGGUCGCUAACACCACAAUCCGUGGGCGACGCGCACGAUGUGGCAAGUUGGCGAUGACAGAGCUCGGGUUCCUGAUCUCGGCGCGAGACGCAGAGCUGGAGACUUACCUGCGCACCCAGAUUCGCAAUCUGGGCGCGGCCACGCCGCUGCUGGCGCUGCACGCCCGCUUCCAGGCCUCGCUGUCGGCGCGGCUGCUGGGGCGCGGCAGCGGGCGCAUGGCUGCGUUGGUUGCGGAGUGCCGCGCGGGGCCGUGGCCACCUGGGUCGUGGCAAGACCGCGAGCAGGCUGCGCGCCCGGCGCUGCGCAGUGCUGCGGCGGGUCUGCGGGUCGCGGGACGGCCGCGCAGGCGGCGCAAUGCGGCUUGGCAUGCUGCCGACCCCCCACCGCGAGGGUUCGCGCGGGCGACCGACGAGGAGCUGGAGGCUUCUGCGGCGGGCCCGCGGCUGCCGGCCUUCGCGGGCCAGGGUGGCCCCCUGCCGUCGCCGGCCCGUGGCGGAGACGGCGAUGCUGUUUUUGGCGACGGCGGUGACGGAGACCAUGCGCCUGGUGACUGGCGGCCUCGGGACUUCCAGUCGGAGGCCACCGCCUUCGGCUUCGGGUUGAUGGCGGACUGGCGGCUCGCGGGCGGGGACAUGGUCAAGUCCCAGUGCGACGGUGACGGGACCGAGAGCGGCGUCUCGGUGGAGCCCGUCGUCGACGUGGCAGGCGAGUCGGAGGCCGUCGUAGUCGACGUGAGGCUGGUUGUGCCGUUCCAGCCUGCGGCGGAGAUCGACGGCGACGGCUCCCACGUGCCUGAGAGCGUCGACAGUGGCGAGGAGCCCCUCGCUGAGCUCGGCGCGGUGUCGGAGGUCGAUGUCGAGGACUUCCUCGACAAGAUACUCACGGCCUCGGGCCCCGAGGGAGGUGCGCAGAGCGUCAGCAUGGAGGACGUGGUGCGCCAGAUCGAUAGCGACGGCAUGGACAUCGACCGAGUGCACGCCUUCAUGAGCUCCACGCGCUUCCGCCAGUGCUUCCGCGUGAUGGGCGUGCGCAUCUACCGCGUCGUCGUCGGUGGCACUGGCCUCUCGGCAGCCGCUGAGGCCGCCAAGGCGAGCGGCGAGCGUCCAGCCUCUGGAACGCGCCAUUCGGGCGAGCCUGUGAUCCAGCAGGAGCUGCAGCAGCACGCUGUCUCACGCUGGGACAGGCUGCUCCAGCUGCUGGUCGACGGGCUGCCGGCGCUCAGCGCGGGGGGCCCCGGGGCAGGCCUUGCUGCCGCCAUCGAGAGGCUCGACCUGCAGAGAGCAGGCCAGCUCACAUCCGCGGGGUUCCGCUUCGUGCUCGAGGAGCGGCACCAGCAGCUGUGGGCGCUGGUGCUCGCCUUCCUUGGGCGCCAGCGCGACGAGGGCUCGGGGCAGCACGCCGGGCCGCUGAGGACGGUGCUGCUGCUGGGAGACGCGAAGAUCGGGCAGCCCCUGGAGCUCGACGCGCAGAGCAAAGCUGAGGGGGGCUUCGCGGCGAUGCUGGCGGAGAUCGGGGUGCUGUCUGGCCCCACGGGCCCCGGCGGGGCGACCUACUUCGCCACCCCCGCAGCGGCGGCCAUGUUCCGCCGCGAUGCGAGCUCCGCCCUGUCGCGGAGCAUCACGGGCUCCCCGGCGGACCCAGGCCUGCAGCCCCACCUGUACCACCCGAGCUGCCAGAGGCGGUGGUCCACCCCGGAGGGCGGGCGGGCGACCGAGUGCGGCAUCGUCGUGGAGAGCAACUUCAAGGUAUGCUUCUCCGACGACGAUUAA